AUGAAUGUCCAUAGUAGUCCCCAAGACGCUCAGUCUCCCGAUGUGCACACUCCGGCCUUCAAGCCGCGGAGAGCGCAUGAGAAAUCGAGAAAUGGUUGUUGUGAUGAGGCCAAACCGCGAUGCUCAAGGUGCGACAUUAGGGGUUACACCUGCGAGUACGCCAAGGACGAUUCUUCAGGACGAAGCCUCGCAACAAGGAAAAAGCGAAGCAGCAUCGACAACAUCGAUCCGCGACUGGCACACCUCACCAUCCCAACCGACACAUGCUCUGAUAUCAGCAGCCAGCGUUCAGUGUCGAAUGUCUCCGUCUCUCCCUCUCCCGCAUACGUGGAUAUGCAACCAAGAGCCGAACUUUUCGGAUCACCACAGAUCCUCGAUGCAACCGAAUUGGCCCUGCUAAGCCACUACCUAACUCACACCAGCCGGAUAAUCCCAAUCGACUCGGUCGACCGCUACGCCCUGCAAAUCGGCAUCCCGAAUCUUGCAUUCCAAAGCAAACCCGUCAUGUCGUCUCUCCUGGCGCUCUCCGCCGUCAGCAAAUGCCACGGCCUGGUCAAGGGUGACAUCGGCCACCAAAAGACCCUCGCUGACAUCUGCGAGCUCCUCGAGUUCGCAGGUGACCACCACAAGGCAUCCCUCCGGCAGAUCCAGGUCACCAUGCAGAGCCCCGCCCAGUACGAGUACGUCCUCGCCAACGCGCCCCUGAUGGUGCUGUACUGCUCCGCGGACCACGCCGUCCGGGUCCAUCUCGCGAGGACGGCGAAGCUAUGCGGUGUAACGCUGCCAGAGAUGCUGCUGCCUGCCCAGUCGCAGUGGAUCUCCCUCAUCCGGGCUGCCCACGCGGCAUACAGCGGGCUGAUGAACAGUCCCAGUGAUCCGGUCGAGGUUGGGUCAGCGUCGCAUCUUGGCACGCCGAGGGAGAUACAGGAACAGCGGCCGCUCAUGGCUUCUCUCUGCACCUCGGUCGACGAGUAUGUUCCCGAGGAUGGCCCGUCGGAGGGGACGAGGAGGCUGCUGUAUCCGAUUAUCGCAAACACGUAUAGGUCAGCCCUGUCAAAGUUGCAAGCCAAGGCCAUGGCCAUCUGUCCAUCAGAUCUCUCAGAAGGUUUAUCUGUCUCGGAAACAGAUGGACUCUACGUCUGGCAGCAGCAGUCGUACACCAGUUGCCAGGCAGACCUAGAUGCCACGCUUGCCGCGCUGGAAAUCUUGCAGGACGUCGCCGAUACCGUCUACUGCACUAUCGACGGCAGUUCUCCCGAUCCCCAGUUUCUUGGUGGUAUGGCUGCAGCUCAGGUUCCGCCGCCCCUGGGCCGUUUGCGGCACGUCUCACCGUGGUUGAGGACGUACUCGGCCAGGGUGACCUCUUCAACGCCGACGAAAUCGCUUAGAAGGACGAUCACGGCGUUUCUGAACAGGAUCCCCAUUGAGUACCUGCAUUUUGUGCAGUCUAUUCUGGACUUGAUGCCCAUCGAGCCCAGUUACAGUGAGCCUCAGAUACGGAUAGAGCAGGAGCAGUUCCCACCCAGUGCUGUCCACAAGCUGGCGAUGGACGUAUUUGCGCACUGGCUUGUGUUCAUGGUACUUUUGGACGGGGUGUGGUGGAUAGGCGGGACUGGUGAGUGGGAGCUCGAGAGGGUUGUGUCGUUUAUGCGGACGUAUGAGUGGGCGGACGUCUCGGAUGCCGGUGAGAGAUGGUGGCCUGAGAGCAUGUCCAAGGUCAAGAGGGAGUUGGCGGAGCACAUGAGAGAGGAAUAG